AUGGGGUGCAGCAGUUCUGUACCUGACCGAAAGUCAGAGAGAGUCAUGAGAGCUGCUAUCCUGAUCCAGAAUUGGUACCGCUUUACAAUGGCCCGGCUAGAGAUGAAGCGCCGCUAUUCUCUGAGCAUCUUCCAGUCAAUCGAAUAUGCUGAUGAGCAAGAUCAACUACAGCUGUCCAACUUUUUUACAUUUAUGCUGGAUCACUGUAUUCAUCCUGAUUCAGUUUCUCCCCUUUUCACUGGCCCUAGUGUUCCUCAGGUGGUGGAUGAAGGCUUAUGUUUAACAGAAUUUGAAGAGAAGAUUUAUGUUCCAGACUCCUAUUCUGGACCACGACUCUCAUUCCCCCUUACUGCUGAGGAUGCCAGUGCUCUUCUUCAUGCUUUCAGGAAUGAACAGCUGCUUCAUGCCCGCUAUGUACUGCAGCUACUGUGUGAAACUAGGAGGGUUCUCAAGGAGAUGCCAAAUAUCACCCAUCUUUCAACUUCCUACUCCAAGGAGAUAACUGUCUGUGGAGAUUUGCAUGGAAACCUGGAUGAUCUUUUGCUGAUAUUCUAUAAGAACGGUCUGCCUUCAGAACAAAACUGUUACGUCUUUAAUGGUGAUUUUGUUGACAGAGGGAAAAAUUCUAUGGAAAUACUUAUAAUCCUGUUUGCAUUUCUUCUUAUCUACCCCAAUUAUUUACACUUGAAUAGAGGAAACCAUGAAGACUACAUCAUAAACCUGAGAUAUGGGUUCACAAAAGAAGUUUCGAAGAAGUAUAAGGACUAUAGGAAACAGAUUUUGUAUCUUUUGCGAGAUGUCUUUAGCUGGCUUCCCCUCGCCACUAUAAUUGAUAGCAAAGUUCUUAUCCUACACGGAGGGAUUUCAGACAGCACAGAUUUGGAUUUCCUGAAUGCAGUUGAAAGAAAUAAGUUGAAAUCUUUGAUGCGGCCACCAAAUUCAGCGAGAGACAGAGAGGACCAAGUGAAGGAGAGAAUUCCCACAACCAGACCCAGUAAACACACUGCCAACCAGAAUGUUGCGGGGAAAACACAGCACAUCUCUUCAUCAGGCUCCAUGGAGCCUUCAGGCUCAAAUUUGCCUCCAGACCCCACCCUGAAGGAAUGGAAACAAAUCCUCGACAUCCUCUGGAGUGAUCCAAGAAGCCAAAAUGGCUGUACACCAAACAAGUGUCGAGGAGGAGGGUGUUACUUUGGCCCUGAUGUCACUGCCAAGCUGUUUCAAAGGUACAAUCUGAAGAUGCUCAUCAGGUCUCAUGAAUUUAAGCCGGAAGGUUAUGAGAUCAGCCAUGGUGGGAAGGUUAUCACUGUAUUUUCUGCCUCUAACUAUUACGAAGAGGGGAGCAACCGGGGAGCAUACAUCAAACUGAACUGUGAGCUGAUUCCUCGGUUUGUACAGUAUCAAGUCAGCAAGGACACACGCAGGCAGAACCUUCGGGAGAGGGUGGGUACAAUUGAAUCAUCUGCCUUGAAGUCCUUACGAGAGAUGAUUUAUGCCCACAGGUCUGAACUCACUAGUGCUUUUGCACAGUAUGAUCUCAACAGCACAGGCUGCAUUUCUCUCAAUGACUGGGCUGCUGCCAUGGAGUCCGCCCUACAGCUGGAACUGCCCUGGAGGAUGCUGCGGUCUCACUUAGCGCAGAUGAACUCAGAUGGAGAAGUUGACUACAUGUCGUGUUUUUAUGAUUUGAAAAUAGAUCAACCUAUAAAAGAGGUUCAGCCAGCUUUGGUGGAAACACUGUGCAGAUACAGAAAGGAUCUGGAGAUCAUCUUUAACAUCAUUGACAAAGAUCACUCAGGUCUGAUUUCUCUUGAGGAGUUCGGCCAGACGUGGAAACUCUUCACUUCUCACCUGGGCAUCGACGUGUGUGAUGAAGCCCUUGACAAGUUAGUCCUCAGCAUAGACUACAACAAAGAUGGCUACAUCGACUUCAAUGAAUUUUUAGAGGCCUUUCAUGUGGUUCACAGGCUAGAGAAAAAGGCAUACUCAUGA